UGGGGGCGGCUGUCCCUUCAAAGGGCAUCGCGGCGGCCGGCGGCGGCUAGGCACUCGCGGACGGAGCAGGCGCCUGUGCUCUUCUGUGUGGUGGCUCAGAAUGAUGGAUCAAGCGAGAUCAGCAAUCUCUAACUUGUUUGGUGGAGAACCAUUAUCAUAUACCCGGUUUAGUCUGGCUCGACAAGUAGAUGGCGAUAAUAGUCAUGUGGAGAUGAAAUUAGCUGUAGAUGAAGAAGAAAUUGUUGAAAAUAACGUGAAGGGUAAUCAUGCCAGUGUCAAAAAAACAAAGAGGCUCAAUGGAUGCAUCUGCUAUGGAACUAUUGCUGUCAUCAUCUUCUUUUUGAUUGGAUUUAUGAUUGGCUACUUGGGCUAUUGUAAGCGUGCAGAACUAAAAGGUGAAUGUGAGAGACUGGCUGCAGCAGAGACAGGGAAAACAGAACCUGAUGAACCUGAAGAAAGUUUCGAACCUGAAGUAUCACCUCUCUUACUGUGGACAGACCUCAAAACAAAGCUGUCAGAAAAAGUAAAUACUGUAGAUUUUACCAGAUCCCUCAGGUGGCUGGGUGAAAGUUUAUAUACCCCUCGUGAGGCUGGAUCCCAAAAAGAUGAAACCCUUGGUUUCCUCAUUGAAAAUAAAUUUCGUGAAUUUAAACUCAGUAAAGUUUGGCAUGAUGAACAUUCUGUUAAGAUUCAAGUUAAAGGCAGUUCUAGAAACUCGGUGACCAUACUGCGUACAAGUGGUGAUGUACCAUACCUGUUGGAGAAUCCUGAUGGUUAUGUGGCAUAUAGUAAGGCUGAGACAGUUACUGGUGAACUGGUUCAUGCUAAUUUUGGCACUGAAAAGGACUUUGAAGGGUUAAAGUUUCCUGUGAAUGGAUCUCUAGUCAUUCUUAGAGCAGGGAAAAUAACUUUUGCUGAAAAGGUUGCAAAUGCUGAGAGAUUUAAUGCAAUUGGUGUUUUAAUAUACAUGGACCGGGCUGAUUUUCCUGUUGUUGAUGCAGAGCUUCCACUCUUUGGACAUGCUCAUUUAGGAACAGGUGACCCUUAUACACCAGGAUUCCCUUCUUUCAAUCAUACUCAGUUUCCACCAUCUGAGUCAUCAGGAUUACCUAAUAUACCUGUACAAACAAUUAGCAGAGCCUGUGCAGAGAAUCUCUUUAAAGAUAUGGAAGAAGAUUGCCCAACAAGUUGGAACGCUGAGUCUUCAUGUAAGUUGAAAACCAAGAAGGAUAAGACUGUGAAGCUCUCCGUAAACAAUGUGCUGAGCGAAAGAAGAAUUUUUAACAUCUUUGGAGUUAUUAAAGGCUUUGAAGAACCAGAUCGCUAUGUUGUAGUAGGGGCCCAGAGAGAUGCCUGGGGUCCUGGAGCUGCAAAAUCCAGUGUAGGAACAGCUCUCCUAUUGGAACUUUCCCGGAUAUUCUCUGAUAUGGUUUUAAAAGAUGGCUUUAAACCCAGGAGGAGCAUUGUCUUUGCCAGCUGGAGUGCUGGAGACUUGGGAGCUAUAGGUGCCACUGAAUGGCUAGAGGGAUACCUUUCAUCUUUGCAUUUAAAGACUUUCACUUACAUUAAUCUGGAUAAAGCUGUUCUUGGUACCAAGAACCUCAAGGUUUCUGCCAGCCCAUUAUUGUAUUCACUUAUUGAGAAAACAAUGAAAGAUGUAAAAAAUCCAACUACUGGAUUGUCUCUAUAUCAGGAUAGCAAUUGGAUCAACAAAGUUGAGAAAUUUUCUUUGGAUAAUGCUGCUUUCCCUUUCAUUGCAUAUUCUGGAAUCCCUGCAAUUUCAUUCUAUUUUUGUGACGACGAAGUUUAUCCUUACUUGGGUACUACUAUGGAUACUUAUGAUGCACUAAAGCAGAGAAUUCCUGAGUUGAACAAAAUGAUACGUGCAGCAGCAGAAGUGGCUGGUCAGCUUUUAAUUAAACUAACUCAUGAUGCUGAAUUGAACCUGAACUAUGAGAUGUAUAAUGACAAAAUACUUUCAUUUGUGAGGGAUAUGAAUCAAUUUAGAGCAGCUAUAAAGGAGAUGGGUUUGAAUCUACAGUGGCUGUAUUCUGCUCGCGGAGACUUUGUCCGUGCUACUUCCAGACUAACAACAGAUUUUAAAAAUGCUGAGAAAGCAAACAAAUUUGUCAUGAGGGCAAUCAAUGACCGAAUCAUGAAGGUGGAAUAUAACUUCCUGUCACCCUUUGUAUCUCCAAGAGAAUCUCCUUUUCGACACAUCUUCUGGGGCUCCGGUUCUCACACUCUGUCGGCUUUACUGGAGAACUUCAAGCUGCGUCAAAUAAAUGGUGCUUUUAAUGACACGCUGUUGAAAGAACAGUUGGCUCUAGCAACUUGGACUAUUCAGGGUGCUGCAAAUGCCCUCUCGGGUGACAUUUGGGACAUUGAUAAUGAGUUGUAAUUGUGAAACCUUUAACAUGUAACUUCAGAGUAGUGUGGUUUUUAGUCUUGGGCUGGUUGUAGGGCUACAAAACCUAAUGUUGUUAAAACUCUACCCAAACAUCUUGGUACUACUAGAUAUCCUUAGACAGCAGCUUUUAAUACUGGGUAGGUACCUGCACUUCAAGUUAAAGUGAAUAACCACUAAAAAAUUGUUCGUGAUAGAAUAUUUUUCUCUGAUUAUCUUCAGGAUUUUAAGUGCUUUGUAAUGGUAACUGCCUCUUUCCUGUUAUGAAAAAGUUAUGAAAAAGUCAGACCAACUAUGUGAACUGUUACUCUAAAUCCUGAAAACCUGAAUUAUAUCUUUUGAGGUGGAGGAGGAAGAUGGUGUCUUUGUUAAGAUUGAAAGUAGUAGCUUAGUAUGAUCCUCCAUCUUCACUUGAUGCUAGAUAGAAGGUACUGGAUUGUAAUACCUUAUUGCCUUUCUUUAAGGAUUUAGUUGGUUUUUACAACCCUGAAUGAAACAGUUAACUUUCAGAAGAGAUGGAAGUUGUUUCCUUGCCAAUGAGGUCUGAAGUAGAGGUUCUUCAAUGAGGUUCAACAGUUUUAUCACAGGAGUAAGGCCUUAAUGUGUUAACCUCAAGUGUUUUUGAAAAGAGGAGACCAGAAGCCAAAGACAAUGUAUUUUAUUUCCCUCUGUUCCCUACCCCAUAGGCUUUUAAGUUUUUUGUUGUUUCUAUUUUUUCCAAAAUACUUUAAAAGCGAAUCCGUCUUAGGUGUUAAACUCAGUUUGUCAGACUUUAAAGAAAACACUGCCAAAUUUUGGCCAAAGUGUUACUGUUUUUUGAAAAGCUUUCUAUCAUUUUGGCACUGAGAUAUUUAUUGUUUAUUUAUCAGUGACAGAGUUCACUAUAAAUGGUGUUUUUUUUAUAGAAGAUAAUUAUCGGAAGCAGUGCCUUCCAUAAUUAUGACAGUUAUACUGUCGUUUUUUUUUUUUUU